UCCAGAUCCCAAGGGCGACACGUGUAUUUCCCCUCGGGCUACGAAUAUGUCAAACUGUCUUAUCUACUAGGAAUUGCCACGUUGAACAAUUGGCUUUAUAUAUCUGUUUAUACACCUGACACAUCCUUUAUGAUAUUCACAAGAUGGCGAAAUUAACGUAUCUGUGCAUCGCUUGCUUUUUCGUUGUCCUUGUUGCUAGUGAUGAGGGAGAACUGAAGAUUGAUGUUCUGAAGACUGUAGAAGAUGAUAAAUGUACAAGAAAAAGCAAACGACUGGACAUGCUUAGCAUGCAUUAUGUAGGAACACUAGAAGAUGGAACCAAAUUUGACUCCAGCGCCGAUCAUGGUCAGCCUUUUUCCUUCCAACUGGGUAUUGGUCAGGUUAUCAAAGGCUGGGACCAGGGGCUUCUGGACAUGUGUAUCGGAGAAAAGAGAAAGCUGACCAUCCCAUCCCACUUGGGGUAUGGUGACCAAGGAGCAGGGGAGAAGAUCCCACCUAAGGCUACCCUUAUUUUCGAAGUAGAACUUUUAGAUGUUCAAGAUGGACCAAAACCAGAGAACAUUUUCAAAAAGAUUGAUACGGAUGAGGACAACAAACUGUCAAGAGAAGAGAUCUCAGAUUUUAUAGUUAAACAGACCGAGCAGUCUGGCCAAAAGAUCGACCCCUCAGCCAAGGAACAUACCGACGUAGUCGAAAACAUCUUCCAGCAUGAAGACAAAGAUAAAGACGGACACAUUUCUCAUGACGAGUUUAGCGGGCCUAAACAUGAAGAACUCUAAUUUUAUGAAUUGUUUCUGAGUUUAUUUUACAAGAAUUGAAAAGUGCUUUUAAAAGUGAUGACGUCGAUAAAAACAAUGGACAGCACAAAGACCUUCUCCAAAAUGUUUUUGAAAAAGAAGAUCAAGAUAAUGAUGGGUUCAUCUCAAGAGAGGAAUUCAGUGGCCCAAAACAUGAAGAACUCUGAAAAUUAGAAUUAAUUCAAUAACUUUGUUAAUCAAUUGUGAUAGUGUCUGCUUUAAUGUGAAACAUGAAGUUUAAAAGUUGUUUUAGCUUGAUUUGAAAUUGAUAAGAUUAAGUAAAUGUGGACCACUUUAUUUUAUAAUUUUUCAGGUUGUGAAGUUAUCAUUAAUGAAAAAUACUGCUAUGUAUUGGUGCAGGGAGGCUUCAGUUAUUCAGUAGUUUUCUUUUAUUUACAGAACACGUUUUUUUAAAUACUUUAGCUUGUGGUUAGAAAUAAUAUGUUGUGGAAAUAGUUUAUAAAAUGUAUUUGAUAGAGAUUUGUUUGGCCUAUUACCACAGAUCUCCGCCCACCUUGUUGAUUUGUCACGACAAACCUACGGAUUCCCCGUCGAUAACAAAAGCGAAGAACACCAAAAAGUGGUGGAUGGGAUUUUUUACUGGGAGGAUUCUGACAAAGACGGGAUUAUAACCCAUGAUGAAUUCACUGGACCAAAACAUGAUGAACUUUGAUAUUCUUAAAUUCUAUCUUUAAGUCAUAAUCCCCCUACCCAUCCAUUUCCAUACCAAAUUCAUC